UUGGCCUUGUCUGGUGCAACCCAUGUGUGCUGGAUAGUUCCAGAAAGCCGAGACGCUGUAGGGGAGGUUGAGCCUUUUGCACGAAUUUAAUUUGCCCCCUUAAGGAAAGCUGCACGUUUCUCUUGACUUUGCCUUCCCCCGAAGACGUAAAGGGUAUUUGUGCUUGUAAAGCGUCUGCCGUGUUCUUUAAAAAUAUUUGCUGCGCUAAAGAUUUAGACCAGCUGAGUCAAAUCCUUCCACCGGCCUUUAAUUUUAAAAAGCAGAGUCGCCGUCAUGAUGCUGAAUGUGGCCAAAACCGCGACAAGGUCUCUCCUGCACACUCAUAAGACUUGCUCCAGGAGUUUGUCCUCAGCUGUGAGAAAGGGGUGCUGGAACGCCCUGAGCGGAGAUGCUGUCCGGACAGUGUCCCGGCGUGACUAUGCGUCAGAAGCCAUCAAAGGUUCGGUCAUCGGCAUUGACCUGGGAACUACCAACUCCUGCGUGGCGGUGAUGGAGGGGAAACAGUCCAGGGUGCUGGAGAAUGCAGAGGGGGCACGGACGACGCCCUCGGUGGUGGCCUUCAGCGCUGACGGGGAGAGGCUGGUGGGGAUGCCAGCCAAGCGCCAGGCUGUCACCAACCCCAGCAACACCUUGUACGCCACCAAGCGUCUGAUUGGGCGUCGCUACGAUGAUCCGGAAGUCCAGAAAGACUUGAAGAACGUGCCCUAUAAGAUUGUCCGCGCCUCUAACGGCGACGCCUGGGUGGAGGCGCAUGGGAAGGUGUACUCCCCCAGCCAGGUCGGGGCAUUCGUCCUCAUGAAGAUGAAGGAGACAGCAGAGAAUUACCUGGGCCACAACGUGAAGAAUGCGGUCAUCACAGUGCCUGCUUACUUCAACGACUCCCAGAGACAGGCGACGAAGGAUGCCGGUCAGAUCGCUGGGCUGAACGUGCUGAGGGUCAUCAACGAGCCCACUGCUGCCGCCCUGGCCUACGGGCUGGAUAAGUCCCAGGACAGAAUAAUUGCAGUGUACGAUCUGGGCGGUGGCACCUUUGAUAUUUCCGUCCUGGAGAUCCAGAAGGGGGUGUUCGAGGUGAAGUCCACCAACGGGGACACUUUCCUGGGCGGGGAGGACUUCGACCAGGCCCUGCUGAAGCACAUUGUCAAGGAGUUCAAGAGAGAGUCUGGCGUGGACCUGACUAAAGACAGCAUGGCCCUGCAGCGAGUGAGGGAGGCCUCGGAGAAGGCCAAGUGCGAGCUGUCUUCCUCCCUACAGACCGACAUCAACCUGCCCUACCUGACGAUGGACGCCUCCGGCCCCAAGCACUUGAACAUGAAGCUGACCCGCUCUCAGUUCGAGGGCAUCGUGGCCGACCUGAUCCGCCGGACCGUAGCUCCGUGCCAGAAGGCCAUGCAGGACGCGGAAGUCGGCAAGAGCGAAAUCGGAGAGGUGCUGCUGGUGGGCGGCAUGACGCGCAUGCCGAAGGUGCAGCAGACCGUGCAGGACCUGUUCGGCCGCGCCCCCAGCAAGUCGGUGAACCCCGACGAGGCGGUGGCCAUCGGGGCCGCCAUCCAGGGCGGGGUGCUGGCGGGGGACGUCACGGACGUGCUGCUGUUGGACGUCACCCCCCUGUCGCUGGGCAUCGAGACCCUGGGGGGGGUCUUCACCAAGCUCAUCAACCGCAACACCACCAUCCCCACCAAGAAGAGCCAGGUCUUCUCCACCGCCGCCGACGGGCAGACGCAGGUGGAGAUCAAGGUGUGCCAGGGAGAGAGAGAUAUGGCAGCCGACAACAAGCUUCUGGGCCAGUUCACUCUGGUGGGGAUCCCCCCUGCCCCCCGAGGGGUGCCCCAGAUUGAGGUCACCUUUGACAUCGAUGCCAACGGAAUUGUGCACGUAUCCGCCAAGGACAAGGGCACCGGGCGGGAGCAGCAGAUCGUGAUCCAGUCGUCCGGGGGUCUCAGUAAAGAUGACAUCGAGAACAUGAUUAAGAACGCAGAGAAGUACGCCGAGGAGGACAGGAGGAGGAAGGAACGUGUAGAGGCUGUGAACAUGGCGGAGGGUAUCGUCCAUGACACCGAGUCCAAGAUGGAGGAGUUUAAGGACCAGCUCCCUGCUGAUGAGUGCAACAAGCUCAGAGAAGAGAUCGCCAAAGUGCGAGAGCUGCUGUCGCGGAAGGACAGCGAGACGGGGGAGAGCAUCAAGCAGGCGGCCUCCAACCUGCAGCAGGCCUCCCUCAAGCUGUUCGAGAUGGCCUACAAGAAGAUGGCGUCGGAGAGGGAGGGCAGCAGCAGCAGCGGCGGCGACGGCGGCUCCGGCUCCGGCGCCAGCGGAGAGGAGAAGAAGGAGGGGCAGCAGUAGAGGCCUGGCGCUGGCCAGUGGGACUGAAGGGCUUGGGAGAGUAGACCGCUUGCUGUCCUGAGCAACUGAUGCACACAAGUCAUUCUCGCAUACUGUGUUUUUGCAGUAUUUCUUUCUCGAAGAUAUUUGUCUUUUUUUUUUUCUCCUCCUUUCAUUGUAAUUUAAUGGUUCGGAAAAAGUG